CAAUGCCCGAGGCGUCAGUCGAAAAAGUAACAGUUCACACGGAAGGUUUGUCAAGAGGCUCUAGUGCGGUCAUCACUGAUGAUGUAGCGGACCCGCUCUCUGUUGCCGAGCUCAUUGGUGAUGUUCCUGAGGAGGAGAGUAGCCCGAAGUGGUCCGAUGUGAAGAAAGAGAAAAUGCUCCCUAGUAGAGGCAGCAGUGGGAAAAUAACGCCGGCGUACAGUUCGCCGAGCUUACCCCAGGCUGAGGAUCAGCGCGAUGGAGAGGCACCAUCACUGAGUGCAUCUGUGUCGUCAGUGAGCUCUGCUACUGUCGAUGUUGGUGUGGGGAAUGUGAGCGUUUAUGCUCCUUCAUCUGAUGCGAGUAUCUGCACAUUAGGAGGAGGAAAGCCGUUGAAGACUCACGGCUCGUGGAGUGAAGCCAUGUGGGCGUCUACGAUUGGUCCCAGAGCUGCUGGGACAAUGUUGAAGGUGCCGUUGCGUCGCUUGAUGGGCCAUUCCAAGAGGAAGUCGUGGAACUCCAAUAUGGAAUCGUACAUCAGCGCCUUGCGCUCAGUGGGAAAGCACCUGUCUGGUAUGAGCGUGGAUCGCGUGAGGAAGCUGGCAGAAAAACCACUACCGAACAAUAUGCUUCCGAAAGGAGUCUUUCGCUUCGCUCAAACCCUCCGAAUCGACGGGAAUCAGGAACCGCUGAAACUGACGUGGAUGUGGCCGAACGAGAUCACACCGUUGAGGCCGCCAGAGCUUGCAGUUCAGGAAAUCGGCCCUAGUGUGAGCGUGUUGAAGGAAAACCCUGUCAUAUUGUAUGUGCCUGGUACCCCUUUCUGCGUUUGGGGUAAGGGCGUUCACCGCUAUCAGUCCUACCUUCUCGCGAAGAGAGCUGAAGCUAUAGUGUGUUGUAUAUGUAGCGAUUCGUUGCCACCAGCUGCUUCCUUCCAGGAGGGUGUGACUGAUAUCAAGGCUGUGUACAAGCAUUUGAUCAAGAGCAUUGGAGUCGAUCCUGGCUCCAUCGCGAUCGCAGGAGACUCCUUAGGAGCUGGCAUGGCUAUGUUGGCAGUUCCGUUGCCGAGUAGUGUUUGCCUGAUGUCACCUAUAACUGAUCUCGCCGACCAAGUUGAUGACCUUUCGGACGACUUGAGCUCCUCUACAGAGGAGGCGUCUGUGGUGUUGGACGAAGCUGAUGGCAGCACAGCAAAAGCGGCGGUGGAAGAGGAGGAGGAGGAGACCGGAGGCCUCGGUGAUGAUGUUGGGACUAGCGAGCCGAGCGGUGAUGCUGUGGAGAAGCCGGUGGACGGCAGCAGUAGUGAACCGAAGGAAUCCAAGUCGGAAAGCUCUAAAGAAGCGGAUAACAGCACUGAGAAACCCGCGGAGACCGAGAGUGCAACAGCGGCUACUGAAACGCCACGUAAACCAGUAGCUGCGGUGGAGAGGAAGGAGAAUGUUGACUACGUCCAGCGUGAUCUGGUGUCUAGUGUGGCACAGUAUGCUAUUGGAAACUGCUGCCCGAAUUCCCAGGAGGUCUCUCCUUACUACGCCGAUCUGAGUGGUCUUCCUAACAUGCUUAUCCAGGCCGGUCAAGACGAGUUGUUCCUUCCUCAAAUUGAACGUUUCGCUGCUAAAGUGUCGGCCAUGAAAAGACCGGAGACUCACUUUCAGUUCCAGGAGUACGAGGAGAUGGUUCACUGCUUCGAGCUGUUCGGUUUCUGUACUUCCGAGAAUGAAGCCCCUCGUAGAGCUCUGGGGACUAUGGCAGCUUUCGUUCGUGAGCACAUCACAUUGAGCGGAGCGAGCGAGUCGAAUCCCCUGGCGUAG